AUGGAUUGCUAUGCAAAUGUAUCCUUUAAUCAACCGAUGCUUAGUUCAUGUGCAGUAUGGAGUAGUAAUGAUAUUUUUAUUAAUACUUACGAUACUAUCUGUUUUGCGGAUACAUUGAACAAUCGUAUUCUUACCUGCACGAGUUCUAUUACUGGACUGGGUAUAGGUGGAAGUUGUUAUGGAUUAUUUGUUGAUAUUAACGGUGCAUUGUAUUGUUCUUCAAGAUCAGACAAUAUCGUCGUUAAGAUAUCACUGACCAAUACUGUAGUCGGGUAUACCAUUACUGCGGGAGAUAGUGGAACUGGACAGCGCACGAAUGAACUUGAUAGUCUACAAGGAAUAUUCGUUGAUGAAUCUUUCCUUUUAUACGUAGCAGAUUCAAACAAUGAUCGAGUUCAGAUGCUGCAACCAGGAAACACAUCGGGCACGACUAUACUGACAGGAGCAAUCAUACUUGAUACACCAACGGAUGUUACCCUUGAUGGUCAAGAUCAUCUGUAUGUUGUAGAUUCCAGAAAAGAUCGUAUUAUUGCUGGAGAAUCAUCGAACUUUCGCUGUGUUGUCGGAUGUAGUUCUGGUACAUCAACAUCGAAUGACCAGUUGAAUAGACCGCAAGCAUUUAGCUUUGAUAGCCAUGGAAAUAUUUUCGUUACCGAUAGAAAUAAUGGUCGAACACAAAUUUUUUACUUGCUAACAAAUGUUUGUGCGAAUAAUUCCACAUCGUCUACACCGACAACCAUCCUAACUACAACCUUACUUCCAACUGUGACGAAAACAGCUCGUUAG